CAUAUAUGAAGAUUCUAUGUAAUACUUAAAAUUUAAAUUUUUAUAAAACAAAAGUAUAUCAGGUAUGCUAGCAAAUUUUCAUUACCAUAUAAAACUUGUAAAAUCUGAGUAAUUUCGCAAAAAAUACCAGUCAGUGUUAGGUCUGAUGCUUCUCCCCUUUUAUACUUUGAAACAUGCAAUAUUGUAAUUAAUCAAUGUUAUUAAUGUUAAAUAACAUCAGUAUAAUAUAAGAGAUGAGUCGUUAUUAUAAUUAAUUAAAUGUUAUUAAUGUUAAAUACAAUCUGUAUAUAAUAAGAGAAAUAUGAGUAAACAAGGUUUGCACUGUUUUGCGCAGGUAUUACACUACCAUCUCGUAAUAAAUUAUGGUAUUCUAGUAUUUGCUGGUAUAUUUUGGAAGCUUUUAAAUGAGACUAUAUCUUAUGUUUGUAUACUUGAAAUUGAGAGGCACUUGAUGAGCACUGGGUGUAAAUCAAUUUCGUUCACUCAUUUUAUUUAUGGGUAGGUUGUAAUAAAUUAAAUACUAAAAUUAAAUUUCACAUCCACACUUUGACAGCCAUUUUAGAAUUAGUCCAUUAGUAUUUAGAAUGUAUUGUUUUGAGAGCUGUUUAAAGUACACUAGAAGGCCUUCAAGCUGAACGCAGCCACUCCAGAUAAUAACUACAUAACCACAAAUUAUUCUUUAAAUGAAUGCAAAUACAUGGAUAAAUACAGUCUAAUAUGGAUUUCACACAAAGUAAACGGCAUGAUGUUUUCGAUAUCGCUUGGUAUGAAACACUAUAUACAUAUAUCGCUGAAGGACUCUAGGUUCAAUCCAUCGAAAAGCAAAUAGGAAAAUUGCGCCGAACGUGUAUUAAACAUGAAUGUGUUUCUGUCCAAGUAAAUUUUUAAGUAAUGUAAAAUGUAGUUUGAUUGAUAUCAAGUUAAUGUAUAUUUGACAUAAAUGGCAAUUAAGAAUGAAACUUUUAUUUUAUUUUAUGUCGUUAGUAAGACAAGUAUAAUCAUGCAAAAAUUUGUAGUAAUUAGAUAUGACACGCGUCCAGGAUAAUGAACAGUUUGUGAUAGAUCUGUCCAAGGUGUUGCCCUCGUGAUUACAUAUGAAAAAAUGCCUAGAAACGAACAUAAACCAAAUAGCCUAGGACCUUGUUUAAAUUUUUGAAGAAAAAUUUCCCGUUAAAAGCGACAGAUAGGAUGGCUUCCACGCCAAAGAUAAUCAUACCAGAGCCAAUAAAUGCUUCGACAGAACCACUGUCUGUCGCGGAAACUGGACAUUUAAGGUUGGAUCUAUGUCCUAACAGACGCUUUCUUAAAAUAAGUUGGAUAUCAAGUCAGACACACGAAAGGAACACGACGCUGUGUUACAAAAUGGAGUCGGCAAAGAAUGAGAUGUUAAAGGAUACAGUGUGCUUCUUUUUGCCUGUCUAUUGGUCGAAUCAUUCUUCAGCAAUGAACUGUUGGUUUCCGACGGAAAAUAUCGACAAAGAACCUAUUAUCACAGCAUGGGUGCAUCAAUCAGUUCCAACAUCGCAAUGGAGUGUUUCCGGAAGUCUCAAUACUAGUGCCUUAGAUCCUGUUAACAGCUGUACAGAUAUAUGUGAGAUUGUACCAAUGAACAUAGGUUCACAGAUUAACUGUCAAGAUACGACUUCUAUUGUGUAUAAUAUGUCUACAGUCGUACAACAUUUGUCUUUCGAUGCCAUCGAUAAAACGUCAUGCGAAAAUGAUAUAAUUCAUAUUUCCAGACAGACAGACAAUCGGCUUGAAUAUCAACUUACUUGCGGUUAUCAUGGUUUAGGGUACGUCAAGGUACUAUAUCAAACUCAUGGAAAGUAUUGCUUAAAGUACCAGUUGGUUAGAGUACAUUGUCCAAACGCCAUUUCAGGAAAUUCUACAAGAAGAAGUCCAGCCAGUGAUCCCGGCAACAUUCAUUCAUUUGGGACAUUUAUGAUUUUUGGAGUUGUUUGUACUGUUGUUAUAACAGCUAUGUUCUUCAGCACAAUAUUUGUUGUGCAAUGGUUCAUGUACUUACGAAUAACUUACUUCAAACACCACAUGGGAAGCGUGACAGAAUCUCGUAAUGCCAGUAUCUGUGUGGAGGACAGUGUCCCUUUAAACACUAAUAAAUCUGAAAUUACAGAGUGCUCACUGACAGACAGGUCGAUAAAAAAGCAUAGUCCAAGAUUGUCCAGAAAGUCAUCGAGACGAAGAUUAAGCUCUACGACUUUUACAAGAACUCCAGAAAAAACUAUAAAAGAUCGAGGAUCGAAUGUCCGAACUAUGCGGAAAAGUGUAACGAUGGCAUUGCUCGAAGACACAGAUCCGUUCUACAAGAAAAAGAUUUUAUUUCUGCCCAAACCGUUUGAUACUUUCACACAUGAAGUCACUAAAAGACUUAAAUCUGUAUUUGAAAAUGAGGUUGGUGUUCUAAGCCAGUGUUGUUAUGACCGUAGUGUCUAUAAGCAUUAUAUGACAGGUGAUCGACAUAAGUGGAUAGAAAACGUUCUCGGGGACCACGAUAAAAUUUUGAUAUUCCUUUGUUUUACAUCGCUCAGUACAGAGUGUGUUGCAGGCAAGUAUGAGACAAUGGUGGAAGAAAUAUUAGACUAUCUUGUCUUGUCUAAAGUGAAAUCACCAAGACUAUGCAAGGUAUUGUUCUUGUAUUUGACUGACAGUUCAAAAAAUGUGCAAAAGAAACACUGUGGAGAUGUUUUUCAUAUAAGUAACUCGGAUUCUUACAAGUACUUUUUGUGUGAUGUAUUGAACUAUUGUGUAAGAAAUCUAGAUGAAUAUCCAGACUUUGUCUUUAAGAUAUUGAACUGUAAAGCUUCCAAAGUUUUCUUACGUUACAUUGGCAUACGUGAAAGGAAAACUGAAACAGAAAAAAGGAAACAGAACAGUCCUCCAUGCUUGUUAGAAUAGAUAGUUAAUAUAUUCAGAUAAUGCUACAAUAAAAUGUUACCUGAGGUAUAAACUGAUUCCAGGUAUAGCGGUAGAGGAUCUCCUGGCAUGUUAACUAAAAUCAAAUCUGAAUUAUAGCAUGCUCUGUAUGAAUGUCUUUUAAAGUGCUACAAAAAUACCACGAUCAUUACCAGUUGUUUCUAAUAUGCAACUGUCCGGUGAUGUCGCUGUAUUGUAAAUAUAUCGUAGUACUUUACAACAUCCAUACUACUGAUGUCACUGACAGGUACCUCAAGUUAUUAUCAAAUAGUCUUCUUUGUAAAUCAUGCCGUAUUGAAUUUUGCGCAAAUGAAUGUGAAAUCCUGACUUUGGCGAAACAUCUGAUUCAGUUGAAAACCUUAUUGUAUAUGUCUUUUUGUUCUCCGACUGAAUAUAUUACAUAAUAUUAUAUAUAAUUGAUAAACAAUAUCUGAAUGAUUGCGGCAUGCUUUGAAGUCUAUACUACAAAGAAUUAAAGAAGAAACGACGACUUUAAUGUAAAGAUUCUGACUCUUGACUAUGAGGAAAAAGAUGAAGUCUUUAUAGAAAUGAAAUUUCAAUAAAAAAUAUUUUGGGAUAAGAACCGAAAUGAAAUUAGAAAAGAUGGGAUCUAUUAUUAGGUUAGUUAGCAUCAAUUGCGGAAACUGUUUUUACAUUCUACAUAUAAUAUAUGUGUUUUAUUACAA